AUGCUUAACAGCCCCCCGCCAGGCCCGUCAGGGCUUCGCAAGUACGAUAUGUCCGACACACUACGUAGUAGACACAGUCUGCCCAGGUGGUAUCCUUUCGUUUUCCAAGCGUACCGUCCAUCGGGAAGAUCCUUGUCUCUGUGCGAGUGGGGCUUUUGGAGAACUUUUGCAAGGGCAGCUCCAUGUCCAGCCACGACGGCACCUGCGAGCAGCAGAUAG